CAGAAAGUGACGAUGUCAGAGUGAGGGGGACCAGACCAGAGCUGAAGCCAGAUGCCAAAACAGAACCAACAGAAGUUAGAGCAGCUAACUGGAUUAGACAAGACGCGAGACCUGACCUGCUACUUCACAAGUGCCUGCGGGAUACAUCCACAUUAAGUCACUUCUCUACAGCUCGUCAGACUGAAAGUUAAAGGGGAGGAGGACAAGAGGAAACUCGAGAAAACAAUUACUGGAAUGUCGACCUGGAUAAAGAAACUUCCGCUUUCCUCGAGAUCAGAAUCCUCAUAUUGAAAGCCUUCUCUAACCAAGUGACCUCUUGGUUUUGUGGAUUUGUUUAAAUGGGCUUUGGCCUUCUCCAAAGGAGCACUUUAAAGCAGAAAGCAUCAGUGACGUUUGCUUCUGGUGUUUUCAUUUAACACACAGAGCACAGCCCUUGUUGGAUGGACGAGAGUCUCAGGGAAACGAUUUCAUUUUGGGCAGUUUUUUAACCUUAAUCCAAACACCCAAAGGGCUCAGAGGGACAUUAUAUUUUUUUAUCAUUUUAGUACCCCAGCAUCCUAACAUGCACAUUUGCUGUCUCACAACUAUUUCAACUCUCUAAAGGAUUUAGCAAAACUUUUCCAACAGUGAGAUAGUCUCAUUUAAAGGGCUUACACGCCGGUAUCCUAAGCCAUGGAUGGGAAAACUGACAGCAUUCAGGAUUUUUUCAACCAACUGUGGCACUUUGCUUCAGAAAAACACAACCAGGGGGCCUAUAACACAGUCUGCCUGGUGGUCCUCCUGACGCUUCCCCUGCUUGUUCUCCUCACAACGGUGGUGGUGUGCUGUCACUGCUGUUGCUGUCGUCAUGCCAACAGCUGCUGUUGUUGUUGCUGCGGCGACGCCGUGUCGUCUUCAAGGUCAGAAACAAAGAAGAAAAAAAAUUCUGCCAAUACCGAAGACUUGUGGAUCUCGGUCAAGCCGGGGCCGAUGACGCCCGACCGGGUCGCUCUGGCCAUGGAGUAAAUAUCCCUUCUUUGACCUGAGACUGCUGACGAGUUUAUGGAAAGGAGCUGAUGGAGCAUCCCGAAAAGCAUAAACCGUGGAUGCUCUUGGACUCUGCUGAGCUGAUAACCAAACAAAAAGGAUGAACUUCACCUAGUAGCGGGCACAGAUGUGGUUGAAAUAUGUAAAGAGUGUAUAUAUCGUUGUCACUUUUCAUUCAUAAGAUGUCGUGCGGUGGUUUUAUGACAAUGUUUACAGCAUUUUUAUGAGCAUUUUUUUUAGUGUUUGGUACAUAAAGGAAGAAAUAUGAAGACAGAAGCACAUAUAUAACUGCAAGUGUGUGUGUGUGUGUGUGUGUGUGUGUGUGUGUGUGUGUGUGUGUGUGUGUGUGUGUGUGUGUGUGUGUGUGUAAGAGAAGCACAGUGUUAUUGAGAGCACUUUGUUCUUAGAGCUCCCAUGUGAAAUUCACUGCGUGUGUAUUUUGGAGAGAGAGCCAAUUUAGGGUCUGCCCAGUGCUCAGAAAGCUGCAUUACUCACAUUCAGGCUGCAAUGCAGACUGUGAUUAACUCUCAAUUUCUAAAUCAAAAGGCACUGACAAUCUAAAAAGCUGAAAUCACUGCCUACAGAAAGAAACUUUCUUCAUUACGACAUUUUUCCCCCCGUUUGUUGAAGAUGUUACAGCAUUGUCACAGGAGUGGAACUUCACUUUCAUCAGGCUUUUUUCUGUGUUUUUUUUUAUUACACUAUUCAGGGCCAAAUAAGCAUUAAAUAAAAGACAAUUUGUAAAAGAUAAAGUGAGACCCUCCCCACCAAAAGACAAACAAACAACACCAGAAACUAGAAACUAGAUACUCAUACCAAUGGAGGUGUUAGCAAUGAUGACUAGCCAUGUAUUUAUGGAAAUUUUGAACAUUUAUUCCUCUAAAACGUAUGAAUAUGACUGAAAGAGGUGGCGUAAGUUGGUUUAGAGCAGAUCCAUAUGCACUUUUAAUAUUCUGUUUUGAAGUCAUCACACAGAAAAUUUGGAAGGAGGACCAACAACACACUUAAGCCCCAAUGCCUAACCCCAAAUGCGAUCUCCUGCCUUUUGCCCUCGUAUCUGGGGGCGUUGGGGCUUAAGAGGUCAAACUGGCAUUAAGUUUGUUUGUAAUCACUUUUGGCUAACUUCCUAGCACGGAUGUGGACAAUUUCAGAUUGUCAAAAGUGCGUUUAAUUAAAACAAACAAAUCGCUGUCUAAGCAUACAUCUUUGCAUAUUUCGUCAUGCUGAGAGCUUCCCCUACACUUGUGAUUGUGCCUUAUAACUGCAAAAUCCAUUUCACGUGGAUUUCUUUAAAAAGUUUGAUGAGUGCUUACAUGGAUACUGCUGGUAAACAUUAUUUGCCAGCAGUAUUUUAUUGCCAUUCUGUUGAGAUACAAACAUAAUGCUGAUUAAUUGGAUCAAGUCCUCACUAUUCACGUGUAUACAACGUUUUUAGAAACGGGUUAGAACAGUAUUCAAAGUAUUUUUUUGUUUUAGCUUAAUUAAAUUCACAUACUUUUCAAAAGUUCCAGUAAAAAGAAACUGAAAUAAUCAAACGUUUUGGGCUUCUAGUGGAUUGUGCCUGAAGGCUUCUUGUUUUGAAAGUGUACGACAUCUCAAGGCCCAAUUAAGCAAAAACGUCUCAGCAGUAUCAUCAUCUUUAUGCAUUAGCUUAUUUUGGCACUAAGUUGAUCUUCUUGCUCAAGUGCUGCUGGGAAAACCGGCCCCACUCAUUUCAUUACGGCUCAGACAGAUACGUCCCCAUGUGGAAAUCUGGGUUUGUCUCUUCUGCUUUAUGUUCACAGAGAGAAACUAUACGUGUUGAGUUUAAUAUGAAAGCUUGCCUUGCAAAACACAGGCAACGUAUGAUGACUAAUAAUUGCAAGAGUGAGACGUUUAACAAGAAAACACACUGCCAUGUUCGGGGUUUUUUGCCGAACACGUCAUCGUAUUUUGUGUUUGUCAAAGUAAAAUUUACAGUUUUUACUGGUUAUUAAAUGCUGACUGUGGCAGGCUUCUUACAACAUAAAUAAAAAUGUAAAAUGAUGUUAAAGACUGAAAAAAAUUAAAGGAAUAGUUUGACCUGUUCAGAGUUAUUCUUACUACUUUUACUUUCUCUGUGAGAGGUACGUGAUUCAGCUUCAUAUCUGCAUGCUAAAUAUACACCUGCUGUCGGCAGCUGGUUAGCUUUUCUUGUUACAAAGACAAAGAGAAAACAGCUUGUCUGGCUCUGUGCAAAGGUAAGACAGUAAUUACUAAAGUAGUGAUCAGUAAUUGUGAAACAAGAAUUCACAGGUUACUUGGUUUUUUAUGUGGUAACCUAUUCUUGUUGACCAGAAGAGACUUUUAGAGGUACAAGUUGAGUAGUAACUUCCUGUUUUCUGUCAUUUGCUAACCUCUCCUAGUAUUUUAAACUGAAAGGAUAUUGAAGCUUAAUCCAAGGAUAUCCCCUUAAAUACCAGAAUAUGAGUCACACAUUCAGUAAGAUCCAUAAACAAAUAUAAGCACUGAUUCUAGAGACUGGAAUCGGGGUGAAAAUGUAAACUGUAUGUCCAGCAUGGAUGCUACUGUGAUGCUCCCUGUUGGUGUGAGGACUUCCAGAGUUCUCAAUAUGCUCAGUUAAUGAAGGAGUUAAUGAAGCUGUAGCUGUCUCAUGAGGUGGUAUGAGUCAGUGACCACUCCGUAUAUUUUUCCACUGUAAACUUUAAUCAGUCCAAGCACACAAUACACAUAAUGGUCAAUCCCGUCACGUACUGUUCCAAAUGGAUUAGCCCACACAGCGGUGGCUCAUAACAGACAAAUGGUGCAGAGUGAUCAUUUAGCCAAAUGAUCUACAGAAGCUAAGAGGGAAAUAUAUUUGUUUACACUUGCGUCUAGACAAAAUGCAGGGAUGCUAGCGUUCUGCUAAUUUCCUUAAUUUGCUAGCAGUUGAUAGGCAACAUCAUAAUUUCAUCAAUCAAGAAUUUAUAAUAGAACUGAAUUCCCCAUUUUCCAACAAUAACCUGACAAUCUAGAAAUGCAGCUAUCUCAAAAAUAUACAUGCAUGUUAAAGAAGCAGCUGGUUGUUGUAAUGGUGACUCUUGAGGAGGCUUUUGCUGAAGAUUUCUAAUGCUGCUCACUUGAUACAGAAAAUCCAUGCGGUCAAUGUUUCCAGCACUUGCUAAAAGAUAGCUCUCCACAAUUGAAACACUUUGAAACACUACAGUUAUGACAUAAAGAAAGUAAGUUCUCUUUAAGUUCUGCUAAAGGUUUUAUAUAAAUGGAAAUCAUAAAAAAUAAUCUGGUUAUAUAGUUAACAAAAAUGCAGAAGCAAGGUGUGAAAAACAACAACUUGACGUAGUCGUUGUCGAACUUGUGUGACUUACUCAAUUUCGCACAUUGUUGUUGAGGAUUUUUGUCCCACUCUUCUUUACAAUGUUGCUUCAGUUCACUGAGGUUUCCUGGCCUCAGUGCAACACCUCAUCUUUCCUUUUUCAGCCAUUUUCCUGUAGAUUUGCUUCUGUUCUUCUGUUAAUUUUCUUGUUGCAUGACCCAGUUUCAACAUACUUCGGUUUACAGAGUUCAGUUACUGCAAGGUGUGCAGGUCCUGUGGCUGCAAAACAAACCAAAAUCAUCACCAUCACAAAUGCUUUACAGUUCACGAGAUGAUUGUUGUGAUAUGCUGUUUCAGUUUUUACCAAGUGUGGUUUGGUCUCAUCUGUCCAAAGGACAUUUUAUAGAAAUCUUGUGGUUUAUUCAGAUGCAGUGUAGUAGACUGCCAUGCUAUUUAUCGAGAGAAGAGGCUUUCUUCUAGCAACCUCUCCAAAUUAAGCCAUACUUUGUUUUUUUCAAAUUGAGUCUGAGGUGUAGCUCUUGGAGUUUUAGCUGUUUCUCUUAGUGUGGCACAGUCUGGGGUGAAUUUGAUGGGGGUAUCCACACUGGGAACACUAUCUUGAAUGUUUUCCACUGAAUAGUCUUUCUCACAGUAGAACAAUGGACUUCAAAUAAUCUGGAAAUGGACCUAUAACCCUUUCCAGAAUCACAGGCAGCAACAAUUGCUUUAAUAAGAUCACCUGUAUGGUUCAGACCUGUAAAACUGACACAAAUGCAGAUUUCAUAGAUGUGGCCACACUUGCUGGUUAUCAAUUAAUCAAGUAAUCAACUGAGUGUCCCACACUGUCCCGAUAUAUAAAACCUUAGAAUUAAAAGAGGGUGUACUUUCUUUUUACCAUGGCUGUAUAUACUCAUCCGUUCUAUCAAAAACACAACAAACAUGUUGCCCACAUUAUUUUUCUUUGUGCUCCAGCUUCAUUGUGUCUCAUUUUGAACGGUCCCCUCAUAAAAACAAGUUCACAUAUUCAAAUCUCCCCUUUUCUUUUUCAGCAUAUUUUAAUGACCCGGCAGGCAGAAGAGUGCAGUUAUCACAGACUGUAUGUAAAAAACUAGCAUAUGGCUUCCAGAUUUCCAGAUUUCCAGAUCCCAAAAAAUGAUGACAGUGAGAAAGUGCCUUAAAACUGCAUCCUUUCUAAUUGAAAACACGGCACCGCUCCACAUGUUGCAGAAGUUCUAUUAAGAAGUUUAUCAUAAAAUGACCCUUCCUUUGAUCUAUGAUCUCAUUAAAUAAUGUCCGGUCGAGUUUAUGGUCUCAUUUAAUUUAAAGUCUUAUCUAAUACAACAUGAUGUGUAUUUUCUAAUGUUGGUCACCAUCAGUGGAACAUAUGAGCAUGUAGUGUCCCUUCAUUUAAAAGUUAGUUUACCCUCAGGCUUCAAAUGGUCACAAAAUGAUGGUAAAUAUGGAUAGAGGCUUCAGAAUGGCCACAGUUGUUGUAUUAAGGUUUCUUUUGUAGUUUCUACUGUUUAGUAUAUUGCACUGCUUUCCUGCUUGGUUAUGAAGGUACACCAGGAAUUCUAUAUUUAACAGGGUGCUAAUGCUAACAAGCAAAAAAUCGACACCUCUGUAUUCACUGACAGAGCUGAGCUUUGAGUUAUCAGUAAGGUUAGAAUAGUCACUGCAGAAAAAAAUAUGAUUAUGGUUGGUUAUGACAGAUGGUAAGCUUUUCAUAAUACAAAGACAAAGAUAAGAUAUAAUUACUAACAUUGUAAUCAGUCAAAUCAGUUCUUGUGAAACAGGAAUUCACAAAUUGGCGGGUCUGUGGUAAUCUAUUCUUGUCGACCAAAAGAGACUUUUAGAGGUACUACGUGCUUUUUUUUAAAAAUUUGGUCGCUGGUUUAGUAGUUAUGUCUCGUUUUCUGUUAUUUGCCUUGGGUCGUACUUUAAACUGAAAGCAUAUUAAAGGUUAAUCCAUGGUUUUCCCGUUAAAUACUAGCGUAAAGACACACAUGCAGUAAGAUCCAAAGAUUAAUUUUAUCACUGUGGCAAAUAUAGAAAGAAAAUACAUGUUUAUGGUUUUUAUUGAACUUUUUCACACUCUAAUCAUAUUUUAAAUUCAUUCCCGCUCAUUUGCCUGCCGAUUAAAUUGUUUACAGGACAGCCAUGGGUAACAUAUUCCAAAUAUGGCUUGCUGUUUUUUUUCACGUCUCUGUACUAUAAAUAUAUAUAUAUUAAGCUCGAGUGUCUGAUAACACUUUAUUUCCGCUCAUGUCCACACAUCCAUGCCUUUUUCUUCAACACUUGUUAGGCAGACACUUGACCUCCGUCACUUUAAACAGAUCAUAAUUUAUUUUCAAAGCACUGUUUAAAUUAGCUGCAGGAGUUGGGGGAGGGGAAAUAACACAUAGUUCUCUGAGAUCAGAGGAAAUGGAGGUGAGAGUAUUUGUCAUCUGUUUCAGCGUCAGAUCUACCCUUGUGGAUAGCUUCCUGCAAGAUCGCACUAUGUUGUUGUUUUUUUCCGCCCGUCUAAUUAUGCAUGACAUUGUUUACUUAAGACAUGUUUGCAUUGUUCCACAGUUAAAAAAGUGCUGAUGUGAUUCUUUUUGUUUUAAUUAUGUGCAUGACUGAGUUUUGUUGGUUGCUCUGCAUGCAUAAUUUAUCCUGAUAUAUAGAGAGACAAUGAUAAAGCAUAUAAAAACAGUAUGGGAGAUGACAGGGACAGAAAUAAAGUAUUUU